CCAUUCUACCCUUCUCGGGGAAGCAAAGUAGUUGAGAGAAAACAAGAAAUGACGGUUCUGUCCUCAGUCACUCCGUGUCAAGUGUAAAAACCACCACAACGAAACCAAAAGAUCAUUUUUUGCAGGGACAAGCUUCUCUCUUUGAGCCCAUCGAUUUCUGAAGCAUGGACUCAAAAGUUGAAGAACCCUAAAACUUUUCUGAUCAUCGAACAAAAGGGAAACCAAAAGCGCCGAGCUUUUGAUGCAGGUAAAUAUGGCACAUGACACACGAUCUAGUCGGAAAGUCAAGGAUGACGAGAGUAAUAAUUCCAUUGGGAGGCAGAUUAGUAGUAAAGGACCCAGUACUUCAGGCUCGUCAACGUCAGAUACACCUGUCUUAAGGAGGUCUUCUAGAGAAACAUUGUUGAAGAAAAACAACAGUCUGAGCCCUUCUAGCAAUCGGAAGUCUGAACGACUUGAAAAAGAAAUACCUGAAACUCCUCCAGCUAAGAAGAAAUCUGAGAGAGGUGAGAAUAAGUCAACGCCGAGUACUCUAAGGAGGUCUGAAAGAGGCAAGACUCAGUCAUCCACUUCUGCAUCUAGAACAUCUAAUAAAAGCUUGGAUUUAUCACCAAUGAAAGAAAGAAGGGAAAACAAGGAGAAGAGUGUGAAACAAUUGACCUUGGGGACUGAGAAACUUAGCAAUAGUGUGAAACAAAAUGUAGGACAUAGGCAGGUCAAACAAAAAAGAUUGAACUCACGUGCUUAUAUCAGAAGUCUCCAAGGAUAUAUGAAACCUUCAGAUGUUCAGAAGCUGAGGGAUAAAUGUACACCGCCACCAUUUUACAGUGCUGUAACUGAAAUGAUCAAUCAGGUGCCUGAAAGGGUAAAGGUGGAUUUUUCUGCCAUGGAAAAGCAGACGCCCGAGCUGACAACUUCUAUAUCAAACGGAAAAAUUUCUGAUGUUAAUAUCGGCUUAGAAGGCAGUGACUGUAUUACACCUUCUAAAAGGAAAAGGGAGAUGGCUGAUGGAGGAUCUGAUUCUUUGGGAGCAAACACGAGUAAAAAGGUCUGCACCGUGGUUGAUGCCGUCUCUUUAUUGUCAUCUGGCUGUACAGAAAAUCUUCCGGUUGAAAAAUGUGGUGUCUGUUUUAAGCGACAAAGGUUAGACAGUGAUUCAAUGAAGCAUGAUUGUUGCUCUUGUGGAACAAAGCUGCUAUCUGUUGGUGAAAAUGAGCUGGAUAUUGGAGAUGUCCGAGCUGAUAAUAUAGUGAGCCAACUUGAAAAGCUUAACAUUUAUAUGCAGCAGAAGGUGUUGUCUGGAGAUCUCGUAUCAAAUGGUGAAGAAAAUAGUCGAAAUGCAUGCCUCAUUUGCACUUCUGGGGGGAAGCUCUUGUGCUGUGAUGGAAAAGGAUGCAAGAGUAGCUAUCAUCUUUCUUGUCUAGAUCCUCCUAUGAGUGAUGCUCCUACUGGAGUCUGGUACUGUUCUGUGUGUGUUCAGAAAAACACAGAAUCCAGUAUACAUUCUAUGUCAGAUGAACCAGAGUCACUCGGGAAUGCUAGAGACGUGGAGGUAUCAGAUGCUGAUGAUUCGUCCAGGUUUAUGGAGUACUGGGUUCCUGUAGAAAUAUCGAAUGUUCAGCGAGAGCUAUACUGUGAAAAGCUGCUGUUAAACCCCUCAUUGCUUUACUUAUCUUCAUCAAAAGAUCUUGUUGGAGCACUCCACGAUCUACUUAGAUCUACACGAAAGUGCUGUGAUCACCCUUACAUUUUGGAAGCAUCGGUACAAGAAAAAGUUAUGGAAGUCGAAGGCAUUCAAGCAAUUGACAAUUUUGAAGAAAAAAAGAAAGCAAUGUUGGAUGCCGGAAUAAAGACAAGUGGCAAGCUUCAGCUUCUUGACAUGAUGCUUAUGGAGAUAAAGAAUCAAGGUUUUAGAGUGCUAAUCGUAUAUCAGUCAAUAGGUGGUCCGGGAAUUGGUCCGGGAAUUUGUAUAGGAGAUAUUUUGGAUGAUUUCCUGCGUCAAAGGUAUGGUGAAGACUCUUAUGAACGAGUUGAACAGGGUGUCGUUGCCACUAAGAAAGGCGAGUCAAUGGACAAGUUUAACAAUAAGGCAUGUGGUAGGUUUGUGUUCUUAUUGGAGACUCGUGCCUGCCGUCCCAACAUCAAACUAUUAUCAGUUGAUACUAUUAUUAUAUUUGGGAGUGACUGGAACCCAGUGAAUGAUGUACGAGCCUUGCAAAAGAUAUCACUUGAUUCACAGUUUGAGCAGAUAAAAGUAUUUCGCUUGUAUUCGACUUGCACCAUAGAGGAAAAAGCUCUGAUUUUGGCAAAGGAGGAGAAGAUUCUUGACAGCAAUCUGCAUAAUAUUAACAAGAUUAAUUGUCAAUUGCUCCUUUCGUGGGGUGCACCUUAUCAAUUUGUUAAACUGAAUGAGUUUCAUUUGCCAGGCUCCAGUGUCAGUAUCUUACCAGUAAAAUCACCUCUGAAAGAUGUCAUCCAGGAAUUUGUGUCCCUACUUCCUCAGGAUGCCAAAAACGGUGGCUUCAGUGGUUUAUCUGUUAUCUCGAAAGCUCAUCAAACAGGAGGAGGUUACAGUAUGAAGACUAGCUUGUUCAGUGAAUUGAAAUGUCAACAUAUGGGUGAUGGGAAGCCACUCAGUUUUUGGUUAAAACUGUGGGAGGGAAAACAUCCACAGUGGAAAUAUUGUAUUGGUUUGUCUCAGAGGAACAGAAAAAGAGUAAAACAUAUGGAUAAAGAGCUAUCAAAGAAAGCACAAGUUGAAAUUGAUGAAGCCGUAAAAAAACGGAAGAGGUUGGGAAAUAGUAAUUAUGGUUCAGGCAAUUUAAAACCUGGAUUUGAGAGGAAAACAACUCCUAUAUCUGAGGAUGGAGCUUUUGUAACUCGAGCAGACAAUGUGCUUCGCUCUUCUUCUUGGUUAUCUGCUUUUAUAAAUAAGAAAAGCAUUUUUGCAAUACCAGUGAGUGACAAAUCUGAGGAGAGAAGAAAAUUCCUUGAUGCUCAGAAGAGUCUGCAUCUUCAUUUGAAGCCGGAGAUAUCAAAACUUUGUGGAGUCCUACAAUUCUCUGAUCUUCACAGGGUUUGGGUUGAAAAGUUUCUUGAAUAUGUGAUGAUGAAUCACAAAGUUAAUAGAGAACCAGCAACCAUAUUGCAUGCAUUUCAGAUAUCUGUGUGUUGGACUGUGGCGUCUUUUCUGAAGCACAAACUUGACCACAAAGAAUCGUUUGCACUUGCAAAACAGCAUCUUAACUUUGAUUGCCAGAAGGAAGAGGCAGACCGCGUUUUUUCAAUGCUGCGGUGUCUGAAGAAAAUGUUUUUAUACCGUACGAGGAACUUUAAGGCUGCAGACUCUCCAAAUAUUUCUGAACUCUCAAAUAAUGGUACAAUCUCAGACUUCCAAGGGGUCAAAUUGAGUGCUGCAGACUAUCAGCUAUAUUUAGUAGGCAAGGAUGUUGAAAAAUGUAUCAAUGAAAUGCGGAAGAAGUUUGAGAAGAAGAUGAAAAAACUUCUCGAAAAACAAUCUGAAGAGCAAAGACAAAUUAUGAAAUUUUACGAGGAGGAAAAGGAGCAACUUGAAAGGAAGCACAAAAUAGAGUUGGCUGUAAAUCGAAUUACUGCAAUGAGUUUAGAUAGACUGAGGAUCAUGGAAACUGAAUUUGAAAAGGAAAUUGAAGAGCAUAAACACCGGGUGGACAUGCAGCUGCAACUGCUCGAGAAAUUACAGCUGGAAGCAAGGGUUAAGCUCAAAGAGAAGGAGAACCAACGAGUAGAGGAAGUGCAAAACUGGGUUCGUGAGGAGUUGUUGAAUAGGGCACCUUCAGUUGCACCUGAUGAAACUGCAGCAUGUAGCAGUCCCGUUAGACCAGUCACGACUUCUGCUCGACCCAUUAUUGAAGAUGGUGCACAUGAUCCAAUGACUUCUGAGGAUGUUAAUAAUACUGUGAAAAACAAUCAAGAAAAUGUUGCUUCUAUGAUUCCUUGUGCCAAGGAGCUGAUGACUAACGGAAUCACCGCAGAAAGUGGGGAGGCUCUACUAAAUGUCCCAGAGAUCAUCACUAGCAAAGUUGUAACCUCCAGUCUUCCUCCUUUUGAAGAAAGGAUUGACAACUCUGACAAAAUACCCAUGUUUGAUAGGGAUGUUGGACUGGAACAGCCCAUAAUUGUCGGUUCAACUGAUGGUCCACUGACUCUGUCAGCUACAGAACAGUACCCUCAUGGGACUGCAUUAAGCAUGCCUGACAGAGAGGCACCACUUGAAUUGCCUGAGACUGUCAGUUUGAUUCAUGGUGUUAAUAAUAUUGUGUCUGUGAGCCCUUGUGCAUCUGAAGAACAAAUCCAUGUAGUAACAAAAAACAUAUCAGGUAAUGAGGUCGAGUCAGCAGUGGUUGCAACUGUGAGUUCGAAUGAUGCUCGACUGAAUCAUCUCUCCAGGGUUCCUCAUUCAUCUGAACAACUGAAUGUUGACAAUCUUACAAAAAUGGGGAACGGUGAAGUGAAUGAUACUACUACAUCUGAUAUUGCAACUGGGGUCAACCAGCAGAAAACUCCUGAGUUAUCUUCAGCUGCUAAAUCGGUCACAACUAUAUAUUCUGAGCACUCAGACCAAGAAGUAGCCUCCAAUGAGCCAGUAGUACCAGCCUCUGAGAGACCAGACCGUGGUUCUCAGUUUUCUUCAGCGUGUUGUGAGAACCAAGUUCAAGAUACUGUCUUGGUUACAUCGACUACAGAGCAAUAUGGACAUGUGCAAGCUCGCAAAGAGCAGUUUACAUGCCUACCAGUUGAAAAUCAAGCAUUGCAAUCAGUUGCAAUCAUAGCUUCUGAUCAUGAUGAGUUAGUGGUACAUGUACCUAACAGAUUAUCUUCAGCUUGUGCAAUUGAAGUUAAUCAAAGUACUGAAAAUCAAGAUGGAGGUGUCCUGUCCACUACGGUACAAGAUGGAGAUGCACGAGCUACUGGGAACCAGAUUACAAGUCAACCAGUUGAAAACCCAGUAUCCCAAUAUGUUGCCAUUGUAGAAUCUGAUCAUGAAGUGCCCGCAGCUGUAGUACAACUACAGCCUCCUCCUGAGCCUGCAGCUAUUGGAAUUGACAUUCAGCCAAGUAGGAGCGAUCACACCUCUAACCAAGUUUCUCAGGCUCCCAUGCAAGUAGUUGAGAACUUUUCUGAUCAAUCAAAUGAAACUGCUUUGCGGCCAGCACCAAGUCUAUCCUGGCAUCAGCCGUUUGAUGUAAUUACUAAUGGAUCUGGGCAGUUUUUUUCAGAAACACGGGAUACUUCUUUAACUAAUAGUCGUCCUAUACAUGCUGCUCCCCAGGGGACACUAAGGAUGCCUCACCAUUUAUACCCUGACCCACUUCAAAGUGAAUUGGAAAGAUUGAAUAAAGAAAUGGAACAAAACAUUAAGUCUCAUGAAGAUAAGAAGCUGCGUCUGAAAUCCGAUUAUGACAAGAAAAUAGAAGAGGCUGUUGCUGAACUUCGCCGGCAAUGUGAGACUAAACUUCAGGAGGAAGAAGCCACGUUUCGGCAUGUACAGAAGGAACUGGAUGCAAAUCAUAAUAAAGUUUUGAUGAAUAAGAUUUUGGCUGAGGCUUUCAGGUCUAAAUGCACAGAUCUUAGGGCGUCAAAUGUGUCUGGAGUGCAGCAAGACGGACAUUCUUUUAUCCAGCAGUUGCUUCAGUUUUCUAUGCAGCAAAAUGGACAGGGGACUUCUUCAGUUUCUAGCUCACCAUCAACCAGCCUUCCUUCAGCUAGUCUGCAGACUUCUAUUGCACCCUUACCCAGCCAACAGGGUUCUUUUAUUGCUCCAAUUAUCAGACUGCAGACUUCUAGUGCACCUUUUCCCAGCCUGCAAACAACCCUACCGGCAUCUGCGACUGCACCCAGUCAGCAUUACACAGCUCCAAUCAUGCAGACUGUUCCGCUUUCCCCUGCUUCUUCCAUUCCAGCAAGACCCCCUCAUAUCGGUACCUUUUCUGGUUCCACAGGAAUCCCCCAAGGUGGAGGUCAGAUCCGUUCCCCAGCCCCACAUCUCCAACCAUUUAGGCCUUCAACAUCUGUUACAGGCACCAGCCCUCUGUCUCAGGAAGGUGGGAUUUCAAAUCCUCAAUCCCAUAGCAACACCCCAGCGACAUCGCCAUCACUUCCGCAUUUGUCUCAAAUGGCAGCUCCCACACAACAGAUUGUUCCCUGUAGUGGGGCCCCACAUGUUGAAACUGCAGGGCGUAGCUCGACACCUAAUUCUGCAUCUGCGUUGAAGUUGCUGAUGGAUAUGGAGAAACGUUCAGGUGCAAAUCGACCAGGUGGUUUGUUGUCACUGCCGGCUUCAAAUUCACUGAACCAUCCUGGUCCUGUUUUUGUGAGCAGCGCAACUACCAACCCUGUAAAUACAGGUGCAACCCAUGAAAUAGUUUGUUUAUCUGACGAUGACUAACCACUUAUUGGAUUUGAACCAUUAUGUUAUUACUCCGUGUCCUUGGUGCUCUAGGUUAUACAGUAGGGUUGGGAUAUGACAUAGGAGAGUUAGAAGUUGUACUUAGGAACAAUGCAAAUUUCUAACAUUGUAAUAUAGAAAAUCGGUCUUGUUCAUGUUGAAAAACUUUUUAUGAGCAUGGAGUUGGGUUGGGUUUGAUCAAACUUUGCUAUGAGAGCAAUGAUUCAGAGUUG